AUGAAAUGAUGUUUAAAGUAGAAAGAAACAACAUAUCUCUCAUUCUCUCACCUUGAAAGAGUUGAAACUUGAAACGAAACAACAAAAGCAACAAACAAACAGCUCUCUUCUUCCUCACUACUCUGAAUUCUGAAUUCUGAAUUCAAGUCUAAUGUAGUUACAAAAAAAUAUCAGAAAAACAAACAACUAAAAACCACACUAGUUAACAACAUACUCAUUUGUUUAUGAGAAUUUAUGCAUUUUGAAGCUGGUCCUCCAAUUUCUUCCUAGAGUUCUUCACUCCUCCUUCUAACUUUAUCUCCUUGUCCCCUUCUCAUCUCCCCUCGAUUCUCUCUCUUCCUUCUCACUUCUCACUUCUCACUUCUCACUUCUCACUUCUCACUUCUCACUUCUCACUUCUCACUUCUCACUUCUAGGCUCAUUAGUCAAAUCCCUUACAAAUACCCCCACCCCCCUCCCUUACUCUUUUAUUCUUUUCUCUAAUUAAUAUCGUUCGUUCACAAACUAGCUAGUACAAAAUAAUUAAUGUUAUUGCAACCAAAAUCAGCAGAGUGCGCUCAAGAAACGACGUUAAUGUUUUCUAGAUAUGAAAAGAAAACCAAGGUGGUAGUAGAGGCUGAGUUUUCUAUCAACGACCACCCUGACAUUCUCGUCGAGGUGUUGAAGCGCCUCGACGGCCGUUCUUUGGGUGUUGCCUCUUGUGUAUGCCGUCUCUGGUGUCAAAUUUCAACGUCCGAUGAUUCGGUUUGGGAGUACGUCUGCUUUCGCCAUGUGUCGUCCCCUCCUCCAGGUGUCAGACCUCUUGUAUUAGCUCUUGGAGGGUAUAAGCGUCUUUAUAUGCUCUGCGUUCGCCCCAUUCUCGGCCGCCUUAACAAUAAUAAUAAGUCGUCCGGUUUGAAACGGGCUGCUGGGAGAAGCGGAAGGUUGAAGGGUGAGUUGACUCGCCGAGUUUGGACGAGGCAAGGUGCUCAGCUUUUACUCUCUUUGUUUUGUGUUGAUUAUUAUGAGAAGUUGGGAGGUGGUAGUGGUAGUGGUAGUGGUAGUGGUGGUGGUGAAGGGAGGAUUGGGAGUGAUGCGGUACCAUCGUCUCUCAUGUUCUUGUGUAAGCCCGUUAAUGUUUGAAUUCUUUUUUAAAUAAUUUGAUGAAUUUAUUUGAUUCUUCGACCAACUACUCCGUAACUUAUUUGAUUCUUCGGGAGGAGGGAAGAUAAAACUAGUUGAUCAAACGGUUCAAAUUGAUUAUCUUUAUUUUUCAUUUUUUAAAGUGCCAAAUUAGUUUCAAUAUUUUUAAAUUUGCUCCUUUUGAUUAAUAAAAAAAACUUAUAAUGUCAUAGUAAAACAAUUAUUUUUAAUUGUUUGUUACUGUUUACACUUAUUAGUGAAAAUUUAUGUAUGACGUAUUUCUAUUGAUAUUAUUUUGUUUUAUUA